AUGUACAGCACAGCACGGCACGGCACGGCACUGUGGGCUGCAACGAGCGACGUGCAAGGACAUGGAAUCCGGCCGCGGACGCUUCGUGCACAUCCGGGCAAGGCCUCGGACCCGCCAGACGGUGUGCCAGGCCCCCUAAAGAGGCCGAGCAUGCGAGCCCACAGCAUGGAGGUGCACGUCCAAGCAAUUGAUGAGAACAUGUACCUGUACGGGCCCGGGUUCCAAAUGCCUGCGAGCGCUGUAUGUAUGGAGCAGGCUGUGCCCGUACCUGGAACAUCAGCUGCUGCUUUGCGCCUCCAUGCAUCACCGAAAAAAGCUCAAUCCUUACGAGUACUCGUACCGCCUCUCAUUCUCAUCCCUUUGUCCGGGAGCGACCUCGAGUCACUUGCGAGCGCAAAUCUUGGAGUGAUGACCUCAAUGCCAUUUCAUCGAUCCAUGUAA